GGCGGCGGUUCCACCAUCAUUUCCCUUCUUAGCCCGCAGUCGGCGGGCAGUGGCGGCGGCAGCGGCAGCUACUGGGCAGGGCUGGGCGGGGCCGCGAACGCCAGGCCCCCUGUUCCCCGCCAGGCUGCAGGAGCUGGGCCUGGGCCAUCAGGGGAGCUGUAACUCGAGCGCUCUCCAGGCGGCGAGCUGGGGGUGCGCCCGGACCCCCGCCCCCGGGAUCAUGGGGAAUGGCAUGACCAAGGUACUUCCUGGACUCUACCUCGGAAACUUCAUUGAUGCCAAAGACCCGGAUCAACUGGGCCGGAAUAAGAUCACACAUAUCAUCUCCAUUCAUGAGUCACCCCAGCCUCUGCUGCAGGACAUAACCUACCUUCGCAUCCCAGUGGCUGACACCCCUGAGGUACCCAUCAAAAAGCACUUCAAAGAAUGUAUCAGCUUCAUCCACUGUUGCCGCCUCAAUGGGGGGAACUGCCUUGUGCACUGCUUUGCAGGCAUCUCCCGUAGCACCACCAUCGUGACGGCCUAUGUGAUGACUGUGACGGGGCUAGGCUGGCGGGACGUUCUUGAAGCCAUCAAAUCCAACCGGCCCAUUGCCAACCCCAACCCAGGCUUUAGGCAGCAGCUCGAAGAGUUUGGUUGGGGCAGUUCGCGGAAGCUUCGCCGGCAGCUAGAGGAGCGCUUCGGUGAGAGCCCGUUCCGCGACGAGGAGGAGAUGCGCGCGCUGCUGCCGCUGUGCAAGCGCUGCCGGCAAAGCUCUGCGACCUCCGCCGCCUCCCCGCAGCCUUCAGCCUCCGAGGGAACCCUGCAGCGCCUGGUGCCGCGCACGCCCCGGGAAGCCCACGGGCCGCUGCCACUGCUGGCGCGGGUCAAGCAGACUUUUUCUUGCCUUCCGCGGUGUCUGUCCCGCAAAGGCGGCAAGUGAGGAUCCCGCCCCUCUUCUUCCCGACUGGUCUCCUGCGGGGGGGCCGUCUGCGCCUCCCACGGCCUCCAUAACAGGCCCAGAGCCUGUGGGAGCCCCGCGGCGGCCUGAUCCCUGCCCCUGCCCCCUAUGUCCGCCCUGCUUGUCUGCGUCUGCAAUAGUGUGUCCUCCGUCUGUGCGUCUCCGUGUCUGGGCCGGCCUGCUGCAACCACCUGGUGCCUUAGUCCUUGGGCUAGGGGCGGAGGCACCCGGGCCUCCCCUCUUAAAGGCUGUGCGAGU